AUGAAUUUCCAGAAGCUAUCACUUUUGUUACUCGUAUUUUUUAUAGUUAAAAUAAAUUCGAAUGCUGAAGAAAAUUUCGAUGUUCGCCAACAUUUAUGCACUGUGUCCAGGUAUCACGUCGCCAAAGAAAUUUCUGAGAAUUCGUUUGUUCCCUCGAAUAUCAUUGAUCAUUGUACACCUAUUCACCUAAAUCUUGUGGCAAGACAUGGAACACGUGCUCCUACCAAGAAAAAGUUGAAAGAAUUAGAAGCCUUGUCCACCCGGCUACAAUUCCUUUUGCAAAGUGUAGAAGAGCAGAAGAAAUCUUUACACAAUAUUCCUGCAUGGUUAUCGGGAUGGAAAUCUCCUUGGAAAGGGAAGCACAAGGGUGGAGAGUUGAUUAGUGAAGGAGAAGCUGAACUGUAUGAGCUUGGGAUUAGAAUCAGAGAAAAAUUUCCAGCGCUGUUUAAAGAAGAAUACCAUCCAGACAUAUAUCCAAUAAGAGCUACUCAGGUUUCUCGAGCCUCAGCUAGUGCUGUGGCAUUUGGCAUGGGGCUGUUUAGUGGGAGAGGAAAUCUUGGAUUAGGGCAUCAUCGAGCAUUUGCAGUUACCAGCGAAAGCCGUGCAAGUGAUAUAAUGUUGAGAUUCCAUGAUUGUUGUCAAAACUACAAGGCUUUUAGGAAAAGUCAAGAACCAUUUGUUGAUAAGCUCAAGGAACCCUUAUUAAAUGAAAUUGCUCAAGAACUAGCAAAGCGCUGGGGUCUGAAUUUUACAAGAGAGGAUACGUCAUCUCUGUGGUUUCUGUGCAAACAGGAAGCGUCCUUAUUGAACACAACUGAUCAAGCUUGCGCUCUAUUUAGUCCAUCUCAGGUUGAUUUGUUGGAGUGGGCAGAUGAUCUGGAGUUAUUCAUACUGAAGGGCUAUGGUAAUUCACUAAACUACCGAAUGGGGGUGCCAUUGCUUAAAGAUGUCAUCCAGUCGAUGGAGCAAGCUAUUAAUGCUAGAGAAGAAGGACUUGUUCCUGGGAGCUAUGAAAUGGCCAGACUACGCUUUGCUCAUGCAGAAACUCUGCUUCCAUUUUCAUGUUUAAUUGGGCUGUUUCUUGAUGGAUCUGAGUUUGAACUAAUACUAGGGGAACAUCCUUUGCGAUUUCCUCCGAAGCCUCCCCAAAAGAGAAUUUGGCAUGGCAGCACGGUUGUCCCUUUUGCUGGAAAUAACAUGCUAGUUUUAUAUAGCUGCCCAGCCAACAAUUCGAGCAAAUACUUUGUUCAAGUAUUGCACAAUGAACAGCCCAUUCCAAUGCCGGGUUGCGAAAACUCUGAUGUUUGCCCUUUCGAAAUAUUUAAGGAACGAAUAGCUGCUCCUCAUUUAAAGCAUGACUACACGGCUCUUUGCAGUAUGGAAUCAGAUCAAACAGAGCAAACUGCCUCGCGGAUCCUUCUAACAGGCUACAGUCUGAGCAAGAUCACAUCUUAUACAACUGUCGUGGGAGCUAUUUCUGGGAAUCGAUUUUCCCUGGAAGAAGGAAAUCCACCUGUGGAUUUUCUCUCCCGCAAGCGACGCCCAUUUCUUGGGGGGCGUUUGGGUCUUCCACCACCGCCGACGACGACGACGGAGGAGAAUACCCUCCUAUGGGUCAAGAAAGGGGAGGGUGAAACCCAGAAUUUUCAGCGUCUUCUUAGCUGGGGAUCUACGUCUUCGGCAUCUUCUUAG